AGCAUUGUCGAUUUUGGACAUAUUUUUGCAGAAUUGCAAAAACUGUCCAACCACAAUCCGAACAUGUGCAUUUUCACUAAUCUGGUCAUUACGAAAACGAUCCGUUAUGGGUUGAAAACCAAGUAUUUUGUCGAAUGUCAAAUGUGUCGUUUUAAAGAUAACUUCUGGAGCGAACCGACAGACGACAACAUAUUGGAUAUCAAUAGAGAUGCCGUAUACGGUACUCUAUUAACAGGGACUGGCCACACACAGUUAGAAGAACUGUUGGCUGCUAUCGAUGUUCCAUGCAUGUCUAAUAAAACGUAUCUAAAGUAUGAAAGCGAAGUAUAUAAAGCUUUUGCUGACGCCGCCGAAGAAGAAAUGCGAUUUGCCGGCGAAGCGGAAAAACAAUUAGCAAUUGCAAGAGGUGACCUAAUCAAUGGUAUCCCUCAUAUACCUGUGGUAACGGAUGGUUCAUGGAUGAAGAAAUCGUAUCGCGGUGGUGGUUACGAUUCUCCGUCUGGAAGCGCCUUUAUCGUAGGUUAUUAUACGCGAAAGAUAUUAUUCGUAGAUUUCCCACCGUACCCGAACCUUGUUGUGAAGAAGAUUGAAUGCAUAAAUCAUCUUCUUCGCAAUUUGGCAAACAAAAUACGAGACGCGGGUAAUGGUGCCUCAUAUUUAAAAGCAAUAGUUUCGAGUAGUGAUUCGAAAAUUAGAAACGCUGUAGUAAAGGCUGUAACGUAUCGCCGCAAUAGCCAAGUAUCUUGGGAACGCAAAAUUGCUGGUUUAAUGAAAGAUUUACAAAAUAUACCUAGCCAUGUGUUUGGCGAACACAAAGAUUGUGCCUAGUUACAAUAUUUUUGCAACGGAAAUUCAAAAGAGAACGAGGCAAAUCUUGUUCCCAAAUUGCAAAACGCGCGAGUAUAUUGUAAAAUCGAAAGUGGAAUGAAACGUUUGGUAGUGAAUGCGGAAAGUUUAUUGUACAAUUAUACCAGCAAUUCUGUGGAAAGCUGCAAUGCAAUUAUUUGCAAAUUUAUUGGCGGGAAACGGACGCA